AUUAAUAAGGCCCAGAUUUGCAGUUUGGUCCCUUUCCUAAGCUGUAGUUCAAGCAAACACGUAAAGCAAACGGGAGCCACCUGAAGUUUUCACGGUAAUUACUGGCUCUUUUUACUCAACAAUCUUGAUUUAUAUGCAAGAGACUCCGGCACACUGGUUUCCCUUGCAUUAGAUGAUCACAUUCACAGGCAAUUCCUUGCCCAUGGCCAUGAGAGGCGUACACAUUUUCACCACAUUAAUCUCCUUCCUUCUCAUGCUCACCACUGCUCUUGCAGAAGAUAAGAAAAGCUACCUUGCUAGAGGUUCAUCUGUCUCCACAGAGGAUGAUACCAAGACCAUCCUAGUGUCGCCUAAUGGCGACUUCGCCUGUGGCUUCUACAAGGUGGCCACCAACGCCUUCACCUUCUCCAUCUGGUUCUCCAGAUCGUCGGAGAAGACGGUGGCGUGGACGGCCAAACGUGAUGCUCCGGUGAACGGCAAGGGCUCCAAGCUCACCUUCCGGAAGGACGGGGGCUUGGCCCUUGUUGAUUACAACGGCACGGUUGUAUGGAGCACCAACACCACGGCCACUGGUGCUAGCCGUGCAGAGCUUCAGAACAGUGGCAACCUGAUCGUCAUGGAUUCAGAAGGUCAGUGCCUCUGGGAAAGCUUCGACUCGCCAACCGACACACUUCUGCCAUUGCAGCCGAUGACUCGAGAUACAAAGCUGGUGUCUGCAUCCGCUAGGGGGUUACCCUAUUCAGGUUUAUACACCUUUUUCUUUGACAGUAACAAUUUGCUGAGUCUUAUAUACAAUGGCCCUGAGACUAGUAGCAUAUAUUGGCCUAAUCCUGCCUUCUUAUCAUGGGACAAUGGUAGGACCACUUAUUACAGUAGCCGACAUGGGGUUCUAGACUCUGAUGGUUGGUUCAUAGCUACUGACCAGCUCAACUUUGAAGCAUCUGAUCAUGGUCAGAAGGAUGUCAUGAGGAGGUUGACACUGGAUUAUGAUGGAAACCUUAGGUUGUAUAGUCUAAACAUGACCACUGGAAAAUGGUCUGUCACUUGGAUGGCAUUCUGUCAAGUAUGUGAAAUACAUGGAGUGUGUGGUAAAAACAGUUUGUGCAUUUACAAACCAGACCCUCGCUGUUCUUGUCUCGAAGGCUUUGAGAUGGUUAAACCAGGUGACUGGAGCCAAGGGUGCAGUUACAAGGCAAACGCCACACUCAUUUGGAACAACAACGCAAACAGCAAGUCUAACCACGGAUUCAUAUUCAAGAAGAUACCCCACACCGACUUCUAUGGCUAUGACUUGAACUACUCCAAGCCAGUGACACUCUGGCAGUGCAAAAGGAUGUGCUUGGACAAUGCUGAUUGUCAAGCCUUUGAAUACCACAAGGGUAUAGGGAAAUGUUUUUUGAAGGCCUUGCUUUUUAAUGGCAGGAAGUCCCAAGACCACUAUAAUGAUUUCUAUCUAAAACUUCCCAAGGCGACGCCCUAUUCACAAUUGUUGGCUUCCAAACCAUCGCAUGCUUGCGUGAUGACUGAAAAAGAAGCCUAUCCCUCAUCACAAAUGCUCACGGUUGGAUGUUGGGCUGCUAACAAAUGGGGGAGAAGACCAGAGAUUCAAGACGAAGGUUACACCAUAAUUUCCAGUCAAUUCCGAAGGUUCAACUACAAGGAGUUGGAGAAGGCAACAGAUUGUUUCCAAGAAAUGCUAGGAAGUGGAGGAUCAGGAGCAGUUUACAAAGGAAUCCUCGAUGAUAAAAGGAAGGUCGCUGUGAAGAAACUAAAUGAUGUGAUCCACGGAGAACAGGAGUUCAGGUCAGAGCUAAGUAUCAUAGGGAGAGUUUAUCAUAUGAAUCUGGUCAGAAUUUGGGGGUUUUGUGCCGAAAAGACAAACAAACUCUUGGUUUCUGAGUUUGCCGAGAAUGGUUCUCUAGACAGAGUAUUAUCUGACAAUCUGGGUUUGUUUCCUGUGCUACAGUGGAGCCAAAGGUACAAUAUCGCACUUGGGGUAGCGAAAGGAUUGGCCUAUCUCCACCACGAAUGUCUUGAGUGGAUUGUGCAUUGUGAUGUGAAACCAGAGAACAUAUUGUUAGAUAAAGAUUUUGAGCCAAAGAUUGCUGAUUUUGGACUGGUGAAACUAGUUAGUCGAGGAUCAAACACAGAAACCCAAUCAAAAGUGCAUGGGACUAGAGGGUACAUUGCGCCAGAAUGGGCUCUAAAUCUUCCGAUCACAGGCAAGGCUGAUGUUUACAGCUAUGGAGUAGUGCUUCUUGAGUUAGUAAAAGGGAAUCGGGUUUCCAGAUGGGUGGUUGAUGGUGAAGAGGAGGUGGAAAUGGCUGUUAAGCGCACCGCUGAUGUUCUAAAAGAGAAAUUAGCUAGCGAAGAUCAAUCAUGGCUGCUGGACUUUGUUGACUGCAGGAUGAAUGGAGAAUUCAACUAUUCACAGGCAGCAACAGUGCUAAAAAUUGCAGUGUCAUGUGUGGAAGAAGAUAGGCGCAGAAGACCGAGCAUGAGCAGUGUGGUUGAAAUCCUGCUUUCUCUUGUGGAAUAAUGUCCUUGCUAUUGCUACAACUCUAUCUAAGCUGAUAUGUGUGUUGUGAGAAAAAUAAUAAGGUAUGGUGUUGAAAAGACAAGUCAAUGGGCGCCAGAUUUAAGGUAAAAUGUCAAAUGUGAUUUUAGUAGUUGUUGUAUUCCAUCAAAUUGUAAUAUUCACCAUAACCAUUAGUCUAUUUGUUUAGAUACUUUGUUCUAUAUGCAUAAGGCGCAUCUAUUUCCACAAUAUAUAAUGUAUGCCUUUACAUUAUUCAGUGCAUGCAUUCUUAGACUACCAAAUCGUGCACACUGGAAAUCUAAUUUCUUUUCA